AUGGUGUUGGGUACAUCAGAAAGGUCCGUCAACACCGACACCCACAGUCCCCAUGCCAGGUCCAACUCCUACUUCACCAGCUCCUACAACCUCACCACCCUUGCCAGACAAUACAACGCAGCCUCCACAUACAACAACACCACCAUCACCUGGAACAAGUACAGGUACUGUUAUCGUGCUUCCUGCAGUGCCUCUGGGGACCCACAUUACAACACUUUUGACCACAAAGUCCAUAAUUUCAUGGGAAAUUGCACCUACACCCUCUCCAAAGUGUGCACUGUCUCUGAGAGUCUUCCAUACUUUGAAGUGUCCACAACAAAUGAGCACAGAGGAGCCAACACCAAAGUCUCUUAUGUGAAGUCAGUGCACGUGGAAGUCUAUGACAAUCGGAUAUCUCUGCUGAAAAACAAGAAAGUGAAUGUGAAUGGUCACAGAAGGAACUUGCCUGUAUUUAUUGAAAAGAAGAUCAGUAUUCAAAGCAGUGGUGGAUAUGUUCUCUUGGAAACUGACUUUGGACUGUGGGUGAGAUAUGAUGGAAAUCAUUAUGCAGAAGUCUCUGUGCCCUCUAAUUACAGCAGUCUGCUCUGUGGCCUCUGUGGUAACUAUAAUGGUAAUCCAAAUGAUGACAAUAUCAAGUCCAAUGGUGACAUUGCAAGUAAUUCCACUGAUCUUGGAGAAAGCUGGCAGGUGCCUGAGAAUAAUACCAUCUAA